CCCCUAUAUAAUUCCCUCUCCUCUCCUGCCCCCUCUCUCUCUAGAUCUUUUUUCUCAUCGGGCGAUUUUUCUUCGUUCUUCAAUCGAUCGAUUCCAAUGGCUUCAGGCGGCGGUCAAGGCGAAGGAUCUUCUUCAGAUCCUAAGGGAUCGAAGAAGGACUUUAGUACUGCGAUUCUCGAGCGGAAGAAGGCGGCGAAUCGAUUGGUGGUCGAUGAGGCCGUGAAUGAUGACAACUCCGUGGUUUCGAUGCAUCCUGAUACGAUGGAGAAGCUCCAGCUGUUUCGUGGUGAUACGAUCCUUUUAAAGGGUAAGAAGAGGAAGGACACCAUAUGUAUUGCACUUGCUGACGAAACGUGUGAAGAACCAAAAAUCAGGAUGAACAAGGUUGUCAGAUCAAACCUAAGGGUGAGGCUAGGUGAUGUGGUGUCUGUCCAUCAGUGUCAGGAUGUUAAGUAUGGGCAGCGAGUACAUAUACUCCCUAUUGAUGAUACCAUUGAAGGUGUCACUGGGAACCUCUUUGAUGCGUACUUGAAGCCAUAUUUCCUCGAGGCAUAUCGUCCUCUCAGGAAGGGGGAUCUUUUCCUUGUCAGAGGAGGCAUGCGAAGUGUUGAAUUUAAGGUUAUAGAAACUGAUCCACCUGAGUACUGCAUUGUGUCUCCUGACACGGAGAUCUUUUGUGAGGGUGAACCUGUGAAAAGGGAGGAUGAAGACAGACUAGAUGAAGUCGGCUAUGAUGAUGUUGGUGGAGUGCGCAAGCAAAUGGCUCAGAUCAGAGAGCUUGUUGAGCUUCCUCUGCGACAUCCUCAACUGUUCAAAUCUAUUGGUGUGAAGCCACCUAAGGGUAUCCUUCUCUAUGGACCUCCUGGUUCGGGUAAGACACUGAUUGCCAGGGCAGUUGCAAACGAGACUGGUGCAUUUUUCUUCUGUAUCAAUGGUCCAGAGAUCAUGUCAAAGCUGGCUGGAGAGAGUGAGAGCAAUCUGAGAAAGGCUUUUGAGGAAGCAGAGAAGAAUGCUCCAUCAAUCAUCUUCAUUGAUGAGAUUGACUCAAUUGCUCCCAAGAGAGAAAAGACUAAUGGGGAAGUGGAGAGGAGGAUUGUUUCUCAGCUACUAACUUUAAUGGAUGGCUUGAAAUCCCGUGCUCAUGUAAUCGUUAUUGGCGCUACAAACAGGCCUAACAGCAUAGACCCUGCUCUUAGAAGGUUUGGGAGAUUUGACAGGGAAAUCGACAUUGGAGUCCCUGAUGAAGUUGGCAGGCUUGAGGUGCUUCGCAUUCAUACCAAGAACAUGAAGCUAUCUGAAGAUGUCAAUCUGGAAAGAAUUUCCAAAGAAACUCAUGGUUACGUUGGUGCUGAUCUUGCAGCCCUUUGCACUGAAGCUGCCCUUCAAUGUAUCAGGGAAAAAAUGGAUGUCAUCGACUUAGAAGACGAUUCUAUAGAUGCAGAAAUACUCAACUCAAUGGCUGUUACAGAUGAACACUUUAAGACUGCUCUUGGAACUAGCAAUCCCUCAGCUCUCCGUGAAACAGUGGUCGAAGUGCCCAAUGUCAGCUGGGAAGAUAUUGGUGGGCUUGACAACGUUAAGAGGGAACUCCAAGAGACUGUUCAAUAUCCAGUCGAGCAUCCUGAGAAGUUUGAGAAGUUCGGAAUGUCUCCUUCAAAAGGAGUUUUGUUUUAUGGUCCUCCUGGUUGUGGUAAAACCUUGUUAGCUAAAGCAAUUGCCAAUGAGUGCCAGGCAAAUUUCAUCAGUAUCAAGGGUCCUGAAUUGCUCACAAUGUGGUUUGGGGAGAGUGAAGCAAAUGUUCGUGAGAUCUUUGAUAAGGCUCGCGGGUCUGCCCCGUGUGUCCUUUUCUUUGAUGAGCUCGACUCAAUUGCUACUCAGAGAGGAAGCAGCGUCGGUGAUGCAGGAGGUGCUGCUGAUAGGGUUCUCAACCAGCUUCUCACAGAGAUGGAUGGAAUGUCUGCAAAGAAAACUGUUUUCAUCAUUGGGGCCACUAACAGGCCAGACAUUAUAGAUCCAGCAUUGCUUAGGCCAGGACGUCUUGAUCAGUUAAUUUAUAUUCCUUUGCCUGAUGAGGCCUCUCGCCUCCAAAUAUUUAAAGCUUGCUUGAGGAAGUCGCCUGUCUCAAAGGACGUUGACUUGAGGGCUCUUGCAAAGUAUACUCAAGGAUUCAGUGGUGCGGAUAUUACCGAAAUCUGUCAGCGUGCUUGUAAAUAUGCCAUCAGGGAGAAUAUUGAGAAGGACAUCGAAAGGGAAAGGAAGAGAGGUGAGAACCCUGAAGCAAUGGAGGAAGACGAGGUCGAUGAGGUCGCAGAGAUCAAAGCCGCUCACUUUGAAGAAUCCAUGAAAUUCGCUCGAAGAAGUGUCAGUGACGCUGACAUUCGCAAGUACCAGGCAUUCGCCCAGACCCUUCAGCAGUCUAGGGGUUUCGGGAGCGAGUUCCGCUUCUCAGAGCGGUCCGAGCCUGCCGCUGGCGCUGGAUCUGACCCCUUUGCAACCUCUGCUGCGGCUGCAGACGAUGAUGAUUUAUACAACUAAAUUAACAUACGCUUUGGUUUUAAAGACUUCUUUUAGAUUAUUUGUUUAUGGUGCAUGUGAUUUCUUCAACUCUGGAAUACGCUUCCAGUUUAUGACUGAUGAUUUAAGAAAGAACACGCAUGAAGGGAAAACUGAGAUGGUUUAUUCUUUCCCCCCCUCAACUAAUCCUUGGUUUCCUGCGUUUGUUUU